AUGCCCCACGGCGAAAACUUUUGCCUGACACCUCCGUACACAUUCCCUAAUCUGCAAGCCGCAGCCGAGAACGUUGGGUGUCGGAUCUUGGAUGGUAAUAUCCGGGCCGCCGCUUGGCAGCUGGAUCAGCAUCGUAGAUUGCUCGACAUGUGGUUCAGGGACGGUCACGUGGCUCGGGAGGAAGUAUCAAGCUUAACCUGCAAGCGGGGCGUGGGCCUAGCGCUGUGGAGUCAAGCCCUAUUAGGCGCGGACAUUCUGCCUCGGGAGUGGGUCAGGAUUGUUGGCGCCUUUUUUUCUUUUCUUUUCGCAUGUGGUCGUCUGUAGGUAUUGCGCAACUGGUGGCGUUCACGCCGUUCCAUCUCCGUGCUCGCCCUUUUGAACUGGCGCUAACCGUCGGAGCAAGCGCCCAUCGGAAGGACAGUAGUGGCUGAUGCGGUAUGCAAGAACAUGAAGGUGACGCAAAAAAAAGAAAAACUAACACGAAAAGAAGAAAGAAGAAAAAAGAAGGCGCAGGCAAAACGAAGCAGGCUAAAUCAAAGAAAGCAAAGAAAGGGCCAAGAGGUGGGCUGAGUUGACCCAAACGCAAUUGGUUAGCUUUGUCCUGCACAAUUUCCGGGUGCGUCGCGCGCCAAUCCCACCCACACACGCCCCCUCUUGCGCAUGCAAGCGAAAAAGGAACGGUCGCGAUGCCAAGAAAGAGUGAGGGGUGGUGUGGUGACGGUGGUGGCCCCACGACAAAGCGAAACGAGUCCGAGUGCAUACAGGAGGGAGGAGACCCCCGAGACAUGGGGACUGAGCGUUCGUGCGUGAAACAAACUACAGAGCCGCAAGCGAGGACCAUAAUUCGGAAAUCUACGUGGGAACUCAGGAACAAGGAAUCAAAUGAGAGACAUCACGUGAAGUCAAGGACCAUGUUGUAAGGGGUGGAAAAUGGAAAUUAGGGGUAUUUGCCAACUAUCUUCAGGUAUCCAUCAUAUUACAUAACUUGAUGCCCAAAAAGGGGAUGAAGAUCUUCCGUCAUGUUCAGUCACAAAAGAGAAUGCUUCCUGCUGACACCAUUUUACAGGGCCAGCCAGGCAGCGGCCGCGAAGAGAGACGCAGCCGCGACGUUGGCAAAGGCAACACGGCCGGCGCCUGCGGUGACCGGGGGAGGCUUGGGGGCGCCAGUGUCGGUGGGAGGCUUGACGAUGGCGACGGUGCCGUGAGGAGCGCUGCCACCGGGCUUGCCGCCAGUGGGGAAGGGAGCAGACUGAGUGG